UUCAAAAUAUGAAGUUAAAUUAAAUAAAAGAGUAUACAUAAAAUUAGGAGUUUGCUAGAGUUAGCACUUAGAAGUUAGAACUCGAUACGCGUGAUAGACGGAUACACCCGGUGCAGGCAAUAAUAACUUCUGUCCACAAUGACAUUGCAUCAUUGCAUUCUUAUUGGUCAGGUCCAUUAGACCUGUUCCUUGCACUAAGUUCUUCCCACUUUUCUUCCUUCCCUUCACGCUUCAGCCCACCCUAGACCGGUCCGGUUCAGUACCUUUUUCCUUUUCCGGUUUACUCCCGCCACCGCCCGCCGUUCGACCGGUCCGGUCCAUGGGCCACCACCACCUCGUCCUCGACCCAAAGCACCUCCCCCGAGUCGUCGCCCACGCCAUCGUCUCCGGCCUCGUCCGCGACUCCUUCGUCGCCGGGAACCUCCUCGAGUCCCACCUCCGCCUCCGCCCCUCCGCGCUCUCCGAGGCCCUCGCCCUCCUCCGCCUCUCCCCCGACCCCUCCCCCUUUAUGUACAACACCCUCCUCUCCUCCCUCCUCUCCCACCGCCUCCCCUCCGCCGCCGCCGCCCUCCUCCGCCGCAUGCUCCGCCGCCUCCGGGGCGGCGGCGCCGCCGCCGCCGCCGAGCCGAACCGCUACACCUUCCCCCUCGCUCUCAAGGCCUUCGCCCAGCUCCGCUCCCUCCGCGACGGGGAGCUCCUCCACGCCCUGAUCCUCAAGCUCGGGCUCGGCUCCGACCCCUUCGUCCACGCCUCCUUGGUCCACCUCUACGCCACGUGCGGCCGCUCCGCCGGCGCCCGCAAGGUCUUCGACGCGGUUCCCGAUGCGAAGGUGAGCGCCUGGACCGCGCUGCUCUCGGGGUACGCGAAAUCGGGCGAGUUGGGUGUUGCGAGGGAACUGUUCGACGAAAUGCCGGAGAGAAAUUUGGUUUCUUGGAGCGCGCUGAUCGCGGGGUAUGUUCAGAGUGGGAGGCCGGGGGAGGCUCUGGUCCUGUUUCGGGAGAUGUUGGUUUCGAGGAUUCGGCCAAUCGCUUCGGUUUUGGUUAGUGUGCUCGUCGCGGUUGCCGAGCUGGGUGCCCUUCUAGAAGGGAGGUGGGUUCAUGCUUACCUAGAGAGGGAAGCAGUGGAAUGGACGCCGAAUGUGAGGACUAGUUUGGUGAGCAUGUAUUUCAAGUGCGGUGAUGUGAGAAGCGCAUGGCAAUUGUUUGAUAGAAUGAUGGAAAGAGGGGUUGAUUUGUGGAACACAAUGAUUACUGGAGUAGGAUUGAAUGGUAAAGGGACAGAGGCUUUGGCACUUUUCGAUGAAAUGGUUUUUGAAGGAAUAAAGCCUGACGAUAUGACCUUUAUUGGUGUUCUUGGGGCAUGUAGCCAUGCGGGUUUGGUCGACGAAGGGAUGAAGCGCUUUGAGAGCAUGAGUAAGGUGCACGAUGUGUCGCCAAAGGUGGAGCACUAUAGUUGCAUGGUGGACCUGCUUGGGAAAGCCGGGCUUCUUAAGGAGGCAUUGGAACUUAUAGAGAGCAUGCCCAUGAAGGCAAAUUCAAGGGUGUGGGGAUCAUUAUUUGGUGCAUGUAGAGCUCACGGGAAUACGGAAUUGGGAGAAGCUGUUGGAAAAGUGUUAAUUGAGCUAGAGCCCAAACAUGCUGGACAUUAUGUGCUUCUUGCAAACCUGUAUGCAUCCAGUGGGAGGUGGAAGGAAGCAGUUGAGGUGAGAGAAAGAAUGGAGAGAAGAGGGGUUGAGCUUGAGCCAGGAUGUAGCUCGAUCGAGGUAGAAGGCGUGGUUAAUGAGUUCCUUGUUGGGGAUCAAUCGCUUCCUAUGAGUGGAGAUAUUUAUGAUACGUUGGAUUGCACUUCAAAAGUGGGCUUGAAUGGAUAUGUUGAGGAUAUAAGACAUAAUUGUUAGAUAUAAGCUAAGAGGAAAAAAGAACUUUUUUGGCAUAGUGAGAAGCUAGCAAUUGCAUUUGUAUCUCGGAUCAUGAAGAAUUUUAGAAGAAAGAUAAGCCGUGUUAAGGCGGAUGAAACAUCCAUGCAAGCAGAAUGGUGAAAGCAAAAGCAUGUGGGAGGCUGCUUUUCUGUUCUGGUGGCUAAGUUCCUUCGCAACCAAAGGAAUAUGGUCUGCAGGCUGCUUGGUUUUCUACAGAAACAAAUGAAGUAAUAUGGCGAAGUCAGUUCAGGUCAAUGAGGUCCCAAAUGGAGCCUAAAUGCGAAUCAUAGUACGAGGUUGACAUCUAAUAUCGCAUAAUGUGAACUUAAUCCAGAUAGGAGGAUCCCUGGUUUUCAACAUUCAAGGUGCAAUUAAUCAGAUGAGACUGUCAGGCGAGCUGGGGAAACAGUGUGAAAGGUAUAGUAGAUUAAAACAAUGAAAGGCUAAGUUGAGCUUGAAAUCUUAUUCAUCUUACAGGAAGUCAAACAUUUGGAUGGAUUGUUGUUAGCAGGGUGCUGCUUAUGAUUCUAGUGAUAGUCAUACAGGGAAUGGAAUUUCAAUUGUGGACAAAGUAAUGUCAAGAAACACAUUUGGUGUGCUAACUUCAAGUAGAACUGGUCAAUGACUUGGUAUCUGAAUUGCAGGGAAAUCUAAAGAAUCUUCACCGCACAUGAUAAGCAUACCAAAAAAAGCGCACAAUAAAUGAGGAUCGAGGAAGGCACCUUUUCGCAAUGGGUGCACUGAUCCUGGAAAGGCAAUUCACCGUGGGCGGCCUUCACUUUCUCUUUGGCGAGCGAGCAGAUCUUAACCCAAUCUUCUAUGAAGUGACUGCCUCGCAAAGCAAAGCCACAAAAACAAUUCAGAGCAAGAGGAAAGCAACAAAUGAAUAAAUAUGGAGUAAAAAUGUAUUGAUCGAGUCGGUCCGAUCACUACUCGACGGCUGUGUACAACUGAGCACAUUCUCAACCGAACGGUGUACAUCUAAUGUUCAUGAUCGUAUAGCAGAAGUAAAAAGCUUUUAACGAGCAGAGAAGAUUCAACAACCUAGGAUUAAUGGAAGGAUUUUGGGGAGCUAUAUACACACGCUCAUAAUCAGAAGAAGAGAUCAAAUUUGAAUUUAGAACGUCAGGUGGUUUUUCCUCCAAUUGUUAAUUAUAGAUUUACAUGAUUUUGGUAAUAAUGAGUAAAACAUAUUCCUUACCUGCAGGUAGUUCCAUCGUCGGUGAUCGACAUGAGCCCUUUGAUACCGCCGCAACGGCUGUGACCGAUCACCACGAUAUUUUUCACCUGCUCAUUUACCAAUUUUUUUUUGUCCAAAUUUAGAAAGAAACAAUAAUAUUCAUUGGAACUAUGUGAUGUUUAUUGAAUGAUUUGAUACUUGUUCAAAGGUUAUAUGAUUUGAUGACACUA